GGCGAACUCAUAUUGGUUGUGAAAUUUGCAAGCUAUUUAAGUUCCCCCACAGAUGAGGAAAUAACAGAAAUCGGAAACCAGACGCUUAACUGAUAGAAUCAACAGGAUGCUGUCUUUCCUGUUUUUCGCUGCGGCUUGGGUUGCCUGCCUGGCAAAAUCCAAUCAGUACUACUCAUACUCUCCAGCCCUUGGAUCAGGUAGUGGAACUCCCUUCUCGUCCAAAGAAGAAGGAAGUAUCACAGGCGUGAAAGUCUGGGAGAACCCUAAUAGUUACAUUACUGGUAUCCAGUUGCGUCAUGGAACCAAAUGGGGCCAUCUUAACGGUCGAGUCACCACCAGUGAAGAGAGAUUGGACCUAUUUGUAGGAGAAGCCAUCAUUCAGGUGUCUGGUAAAUACCACCCAUCCAACUACAUCUAUCAGUUGAUUUUUGUGACCAACAAAGGUCGUGCUCUCAUUGCAGGCCAGCCAUUACAGAACUCCUUUAACUUUUACCCCAAGCAUGCAGAGGCGGAGCUUCUGAUGCUGAGUGGGCGGUUCAAUAGCGCUGGGAUCACAUCACUGGGAGCCCAUUGGGGGAGACUCUAUGGGGUGGACCCAACGGCAGACGACGCCAUGGAAUGACUACUCGUCAACCAAACGCUUAAAAGUGCAUUGGACUUUUGAGUUUCUAUGAUUUCCUAUUUAGCAAUAGAACCCAAUAAGCAAAAUCACAUUUUUUUUACUGUAAAGUGAUUGGAAUGAACACAGGAAUGAGUUGUGAGGUGGGUUGGUUGUAAUCAAACCACUUCAUUAAUGUUUGUAGUAAUGUUUAAUGCUUCAUUCUCAUAGUGCAAAUUUAAUCCUAACUAAUACUUAAUGUACCUAUACACUAGUCUCUAAAUUGUAUGCAAGGCUUAUCGAACUUAUAUAACCAUAUGCCUAUCUCAAUUUAUUUGAUAAGCAAAAAAAAAUUAGGGUUAGAAAAAAAAAGUGGUCCAAAGUUUGAUCAAAUUUUGGACCACUUAAAACCCCUUUCAUUUUCUUUUACUUAUCAAAUAAAUUGAAAUUUUAUUUUCUUCAAGAAAUUCUAACGGCCACACCAUCCACCACAACCUUGCUCCCAGAACAUAUUGUACGCCUCCGAUUGAAACCGUCCCUCGCCAAAUUGUACCUUUCCCUUCAGGGGUCAAUCCUCGAUACAUGUGAGCUCUGCCUUGAGACUUUUCUUUCAAAUUAUGGCUUGAAUAGGGGUCUGUUUGCCACGGCUUUCAAUUAAAACUGUAUGUCUUCACUACAUAAACCCUUUUAUAUUUCUUGCAUUUGACAUUAAGGCUAUUUGAAAAAUUAUCUGUUAAUGAUUGUCCUUAAAAAAUUAGGACACAUGAAUUCUUCCUUUGCAAAUCACUAUGAAGGGCCCACGUUUGAUCGGUGGUUUGUAAUAAACUUUCCUUGCAUUUCUAAA